AUGCCAGAGACUAGAACAACUCGCAAUUUGAAACAUACAUCUAUUCGUGAUCAUUUAUUAAAUAAUAAAACCUGCAUAUAUUCAACAAUCGAUCAUACUCCGGAAAAAACCAUGCUCGAUACUAAACAUUUAUCAAUUACUUCUGCUAAUGCACUACACCACGAUCAAAAAACUUCAACUAAUAAUGAUGAUCAACAUUUCUUAAUUGAAGCAUCAAAUGAUUCAAUACAGUCCAUUGACAAUAAUCAACAAAAACUAGCACGAAUACCAUCGCGUGCUAAUCAAUAUUCUUCAACUCAAACAACAGGAAAAAAAGGUGAAGAUGCAGGAAAAUGGCUAGAUCAUAUUUUUGAAGUUAUUGAACAACAAGAAUUAACACUAAGUGAACAACGUGAUAUAGCUGCAAGAAGAUUAACUGAUGAUGCUUUAUUAUGGUAUCGUCUUAAUCGUCUAAAAAUGCCUGAUAUGCAAUGUUUUAUUUAA